GGCGAAAAUGGAAGUGGGAGUGUGGGAGGAGAUUGGAGAGUUCAUCUUCAUCGCCAAAAAGAAUGAAAUGAGAGAGAAAUUUUUGUGUAAUUCUGAACAAGUCAAGGGGUAUUUCCGUAAUCAUCAGUUUUCCAUUGCAUAACCAGUCAUCGUCUUCGUAUGAAAAGGCUUGACAUUUUGGCUCUUGCCCGUUGCACACCACUGUAAAUCACUCCACAAAAGGGGAAAAGAAGAGAACAAACAUCAAACCCAUCUCCCUAUUUCCCCCCUUUUCACUACUCCCAUCGCCUGAUUUUAAGGCAGACAUGUUCGAGGCCAAAGAUCUCGCCUCCGAUGGCGAGAACUCUCGAACCAAGCUUUUGCGCCAUGUUUCUGACCGUUUCAGAGACAAUUCCGAUUCCAAAUCUGGGUUUUCCGACAAGGGUGUUCUUGGUUUUCGGGAAGAACAAUCGAAAUCUGCUCGAAUCGGGAACUCGGGUUCUCAAGAACUCACACUUAGCUACCUUUGUGAGAAGGACAAGGGUUUUGCGUCUUCUUCCUUCGAUAAAGGUAAUUACAAAGGUAAGGAAGUUUUGUUUUCUGAUAAUACUAACGAAGAUGAUAAAUGGGUUGAGAGGGAUUUCCUUAAUUUGAACUCGCAUAGGGGAAACCAGUCGAAGCGGGAGGUUGAGGAUGAAAUUGAAAGGGAGAAUCGAGGAAAGAAGCCUAAGCUUGAAACUCUUAAUCUUUCUUUAGCUUUACCUGAAGUUUCACUUUCUCUUACUGCUUCAAAUGCUUUGCAAAAUGAAGAUCCUCCCCCUGUUCGAUCAAAGCCCUGUAGGAGCCACCAAUCUUUAGCUCCUUCAAUGAACAACACCCAAACUACUUGUUCUAACGAUUUCACUGCUGCUUCGCUUUCCUAUUCCUAUUCCCACCAAUUUUCUCACAACCCCAGUUGCUCGUUGACGCGAAAUUCGACUGAGAAUUACGAGUAUUCUGUUGGGAGAGACGACCAUAUUUGGAACUGUGGAGAGGGAACUAAUGGGUCUGUUCAUAGCAGGUUCAAACCAUUAGGGGAUGGGGGGGUUGCCUUGUCAAAUCAUGGAGGUGGGCUUAAUUCUUUGUUGCAGGGGAGUCGCCCUUUGAAUAAGGAGAUAUGUAAUAACUCUGAUGAGCACUCGUUCUUUCCGUCGGAGCUUCCGGCUAGACCGAGAACAGAGGUGAAGUCAGGGAAUUCGAUUGGAAGGGGAUCAGAAAAUUUGAAGGGGGUAGAGGGUAUUGGUAGGCCGGAGAGAAUUCUUCGUGAAAUCGUUUCGGAGUCAAUUUCAAUCAUGUCUCAGAUAGUUCAGGAGCUUCCUGAGGAAACACUUUCAUCAAUCAAAGAUUACUUGAAAGAUCUGAUUGCUAUGCCUGAAAAGAGAGACGAAUUAUCCACUCUACAAAAAAGAUUAGAGCGAAGAUCUGAUCUAACGAAGGAAACUCUUUCAAAGUGUCACAAAGCACAGCUUGAAAUUUUAGUAUCAGUGAAGAUGGGGCUUGCAAGUUUCAUCUCAGGAAAAAGCAGAUGCCCCAUUUCUGAGCUUGUGGACAUUUUCUUGUUUCUGAAAUGUAGGAACUGCAAGAGUGUUAUCCCAGUUGAUGAUUGUGACUGCAAAAUCUGCUCAGCCAACAAGGGGUUUUGCAGUUCAUGUAUGUGCCCCAUCUGUUUGAACUUCGAUUGUGCAAACAAUACUUGUAGUUGGGUUGGUUGUGAUGUUUGCUCCCAUUGGUGUCAUGCUGCUUGUGGGAUUGAGAAGAAUCUCAUCCGGCCUGGUCCAAGCCUCAAAGGUCCAUCGGGGACAACAGAGAUGCAGUUUCAUUGCAUUGCUUGUAAUCAUGCUUCAGAGAUGUUUGGAUUUGUGAAGGAUGUUUUUGUGUACUGUGCAAAGAACUGGGGUCUUGAAACCUUAAUGAAGGAGCUUGAGUGUGUGAAGAGGAUCUUUAUUGGAAGUGAUGACUACAAAGGCAAGGAUUUGUAUAUUAAAGCUGCUCAGAUGCUGGCCAAGCUUGAAAGGAAAGCAAUUGACCCUUGGGAGGCCUGCAAUAUCAUUCUUAAGUACUUCAAUUAUGGUACAUCAGAGAUUUCAACUUCUGAGGUAUUCUCGGAGAAGUUAGGAAGAACCGAUAUGACCAGCCUGGAGAUUUCUACUUCUGAGGUAUUCUCAGAGAAGUUAGGAACAACCGAUAUGGCCAGCCUGUCAAAAGAUGGGAUGUCUCUUCCUCAAACGGCUUCCCUACCUUCAACAUACGUCAUGCAGAAAAACACCCCAUCUAGGCCACAUCGCGACUUGAUCUCUGGCGAUCUUCGAAGGAGCGCUCUCAAAGUCUCCAUCGCCAGUAACUUGAAUGUAGACGACGAGUUCCAAUUGGGGGCUUUGACAAAAAAAGAAGGCCUUGAAAGCUUAGAAAGCAUUGUAAGAAUCAAGAAAGCAGAGGCAGGAAUGUUUCAGAACAAGGCAGAUGAGGCACGGAGAGAGGCCGAACGACUGAGACAAAUAAUCAUUGCAAAGACAGAGAAACUCGAUGAAGACUAUGCCGAAAAGAUCGGGAAAUUGUGCUUGAAAGAGGCGGAAGAUAGGCGGAGGAAGAAGUUGGAGGAGCUGAAAGUAUUGGAGAACUCGCAAAUAGAUUAUUACAACAUGAAGAAGAGAAUGCAGAAGGAGAUAUCUGGGUUGUUGGAAAGAAUGGAAGUAACAAAGAAGCAAAUAGUGUGAAGGGGUGAUGUGCUAUUUCUAACUUGAUUUUUGUGGAGGUUUAGCAAUAAUAUUGACUGUUUUAAUGAUUAUAUUACAAUGGAGUUGUGUUUGUUUAUUAUUUAAGAUCAAAAGAGGCAGUGAUUGGGAAGCUCAAUCCUGAUUGUGAAACCAUUAUCUCUCUUGUCUAAGUUACCAGAUUUUUCACAUUCUUUUUAAUCCUUUUUCUUUUCUGUAUCUGCUUUAGUAUAAAUGUAAAGUCUUACAAACCCUCCCCUCCUCUCCUCUUGAUUCUGAACUCUGUUUCUCUCUCUAGAUUCUGAACUUGGGCUUUCAAGUGGUCCAUUUUUCU